ACGUUUGUAUACAGUAUAUUUUGUUAAAAAGCAUAUAAGAGUAAGGAAUUCUGGGUCGUAGCCGCUCGCUAUUUUUGUGUGAUUAUCAAAAUUUGGCAGCAAUAUAUUUCGAUUUAGUUGCUCUUUAAUCGACUGGCAUACGGUGUUGAUGCGACACAAAAGCGACAUUAGCGAUACGCAAACGCAGGCGAAAGAAAAAUAUAACAUUUAAUAAAACACAAAAAAUAAUAUAAAAAUUUUUCCACACUUGGCUACACCGGAUCGAAGAGAGUGCGAAAGAGUGAGAGAGAGCAAAGGCGAAUUUCGAAUGCGAAAGCGAUUCGAUUGGCAGAAACAAGACACAACGAUUGCCGUAGUACAUCGGCCACCGAUUUUCUUUGCCGUUGGCUGUUGUAAGUUGUAUUUCUACAGUAAAGGAAUCUAAUUCAGAAGCAUUUGAUAAGCACGGGCACGGUUAACAAGAUGUUAAUAAACCUAAAGGUGAAAACUUUAGAUGCUCGCACACACGACUUCAGCAUCGACAAUGAGUUAACCAUACGCCAGUUCAAGGACCAAAUCGCAGAGAAGACCAACAUUGCAGCCGAGAAUCAGCGAAUUAUUUACCAGGGCCGCGUGUUGUCUGAUGACAAACAGGUGAAGGAAUACGAUGUCGAUGGCAAAGUUCUGCAUGUGGCCGAGCGCCCGCCCUUCUCGCAGCGCGGCGCCAAUGCAACGAACAACGAUGAACCGAUGCGUGGCUUGAACCGCCUCCCCGGCAGACCAGCACCACGGAAUCUGCGCAAUGCGCCAUAUUUCAGGGCACUCGACGGCAUGCUGGUGGGCACUAUGGCCAUACCCGUGAACAAUGGACCACUGAAUGCUGCGGGCGCUCGCACACCUCCGAAUCGCUUUCCCAACUCGUCGUCUUUCUGCAUUAAUCGCAUCACUGUUGCCCAGCACAUGAUCGACUGUGCCAAUAAUAUAGCUGCGUAUCUGGAGAACCCCGAGAUCGGGCUGAAUAAUCAAUCAUUAGAUAUACUACAGCGCGGGCAUUGGACUAUGGAAUCAACGGUGGUCGAGGUGGGCGUGUCCUCCACCGAUAUGCCACGCAACAAUAACAUCAUUGACAUGGUACAGGACGCAGUCACCGCUGCAUUGUCACGCAACACACCUGGUCGCAACUAUACAGUGGUGCAGCUGCCCACUGUCUACACCAACGAGGAGGGCGACCAGCAGCCGCAGCCGCAGCCGCAGCAACAGCAACAACAAUCGCAGCAGCAGCAACAACAGCCAUCGGAUCGUGCUGGAAGCAGCAGCAGCGAUGGCGCCGCCAGCGUUGACACGAGCGAGGAGACUACAGCAGCAGCCGCUGUGAUCAUUGAGGAUGUAAUUGAGACAGAUGAUGAGGCAGCCGAUGGGACUAACACUCCACCCGGUGAAGACGAGCGCUCCAACUCGCCGCAGGCAGAGGCAGCGGAUCGAGGCGCAGCAGCCGGAACAGCAGCUGCUGGAGGAACGCAACCGAACGGCACUGGCAAUGGUCCGCGCCGUCGAACACGUCCCGAGGUGCUGGCUCGAGUCUUUCAGCGCUAUCGCACCGUCGAGCAACGUUUGGCGCCCUUCCUCGAUCGCUACUACGAAAUCCUGCAGCAAGAUCCCAGCUUCGAGGAACAGGACACAGCGGGACGAGAGAAUGCGCAGCGCAUCUACGAUCGUGUCUCCGAGGCCCUGCACUAUCUGUCGCACGCCCAGCACGCCAUCUCGGACUUGAUGCUGGAUCUGUCCCAGCCAGGUCCGCGUGUGCUCACCUGCCGGCCCAUUCUCGUGGAGCAGAGCGGCUACAUACGGUCCAAUAAUAUCUUUACGCCCAAUCUGGUGAGCGCUCCGCUUGCAGACCUCAUUGCCCAGGUGCCGCCAGCGUCUGCAGUACCACAAGCCGCGCAACCAGCCUCUGCCUCUGCUGCAUCUAAUCCUCAACAACAGACUGUGGCUGGAACAGGCUCAGGCUCAGGUUCAGGCACAGGCACAGCUUCAGCGCAACCACAACGACCCGGGACUGAUCAAGAUGGAGUAGAUGAUCAAGUGGAAAACUCCGUUGAUGUCGAAGCAGCGCCUAGGCCAAGGCUAAGUCUCUAUAUGCCUGUGCCAUUGCCUAUGCACAAUCCUCGAAUGUCACGUCUUAUUCAGGCUGUUUCUAAUGCUACAAACGAUGGGGAGCAGCGUCCACAGAACCCACAGGAUGGGUUUAGCAUGCAAGAUAUUGAGGAGGAGGAUUAUACAGAUCCCGAGGAACGUAACCGAAGGGAAGAUGAGUUAAUAGCGGCAGGGAUUGCUGAUGCAGAUGCUGCAGCCGCUGCCUUCGCUGGCCUAGCCAAUCGAAAUGACAACUUUGAGGAUCCUGUGGAUGAGCCCAUGGUGGCGCCAGCUGGCACCAAUGCAGCCGGCACACAAUCUCGUGCAGAUGCAGAUGAGCAUGCCGAGCGUGCGGCUGAGCCUAAUGAAGCACCCAGGCCAAGGUUUCGUCUCUAUAUGCCUGUCCCAAUGCCAACGCCCAAUCCUCAGAUGCGAAUGGCCCGUUUGAUUCAGGCCGUGGUCAAUAGCGCCACGAACGAUGCGGAUCUGCGUGUCGAAUUCAAUGUGCCCAAUGUGAUGUCCAUAAAUUUGCCGGUACAUGUGAUGACCGCUGCUGUGCAUCCGCAAGCUCAGGGCCAGGCCCAGGCCCAGGCCCAGGGACAGGGUCAGGGUCAGGGUCAAGCUCAAGCUCAGGCACAGGGACGACCAGCAGCCGCCACCGACAGUGCCGGAGCUGGCGAAGCAAAUGUAGCAGCUGCCGCAGCAUCAGCUGGAGCUAAUGCUGUUGCUGCUGCUGUUGCGGCUGCUGCUGCUGCUGCGGCUGCCGCAUCCACAUCGAGUGGCACGCGCAGCGGCGAGCAGCGCGCCAAUACAUUGCCCACAACGGCCACGCAGACGCGCUCGACGUCCCGACCACAGAUUCAGAUUGGCGGCAACAACAAUUGGGCCGGACGCAUUGCGCCCACCCAUACGGCGUUCGAUCGUUUCUUGCCCUGCAAUAGCCAUCAUAUUCGUGAGCCGGAGGUGCCAAUGGUUCAACAGCAGCAACAACAGCAACAACAACAGCAAAUCAACAACAACAUCAGAAGCAGAAACAACAACAUCAGUAGCAGAAACAACAACAACAACAAUAACCACUUAAACAACUACCGAAGACCGACAAGUGAUCAAUCCGCUGAGGCUCUGGUCAACGGUAUUCGCUUGCCGCGUAGCUUCAGCAGCUCAAGCAUCUCGCGUAUCAUGCCGCGUCGACGACCCACCAUCAUGCGCGAGAGCCGAAGCGGCAGCGCGCCGGGAUUGACGACUAUUGGUGGUGGUAGUGUUGGUGGUGCCAAUCGUAUUGGUGGCAAUGGUGGUGGUGGCGGUGGUGGUGUUGCUGGUGGCGGUGGCGUGCACGCACCUGUCAGCUCGAGCUACUCAAUGAGCCGCCGUCCCGUUGCACGCCAGCCGAACGGUCGGCCCGCGCAAAGAACCGUAUCCAGACUUUUAUCCACUAUGCUUGACAAUUUCCUGGUUACUAAUAUGAGAAAUCAUGCGCAAACAGCUUUGGGCGGCACAACAACGGGGCUAACUAAUGCCACUUCGACCGCAGCAACCAACAAUGGUGGCGCCGCAGCAGCCAAUGCGACUCCAGUGGCCGCCUCAGCCUCAGCAGCAGCCGCAACCACAGUUGCAGCCCCGAGCUCCGACUCGGGCGCGGGUUCGGGUUCGGGCUCAGCUGCAGCCACAGCUGGCGACGCAGCUGUCAGCCGAGAGACUUGCAAUCUGCGCGCCCAACUGCGCAGCUUUCUGCAUCACAGCGUCUUCGAGGGCGCUUCGAUAAAUCCGGACACGAUGCAGUUGGCUGUGGGCCGAGCUCUGGACUGGUUCGGCGACAAUCUCGUGUUUCUGCGUCAGUACGAGCGGCCGGAGUACAAUUCGCGGGACUCCGUGUGCAAUACGCUGCGCCAGAGCCUGCAACGCAUCAUCAAGCUGUGCUACGGCAACACUUGCAGCAGCCACUUCGAGCAUCAGCUAAAGCAAAUCUGCGAUCAGUUCCGGAAGCGUCUAUACAGCGUGCUCUUCCUGUGCCUGGGCAGCGCCAAUGCGGAGCUCUACUGGCGGCAGUUGAUGCGACGGCUCAGCGUGCCGCUGCGUUUCAAUUUUCGCAAUGAGGCCUUGCAGUUCUUGUGCAUCUACAUAGAUCCCACAAUUCCUGCAACGACGGACACCGCCGAUGCUCAACAGUUCCUCGUGCUGCGCAAUGCAGUGACAACGGGCCCAGAUGCCGACGAUCCUUUUGUGUGGCCUCCGCUACUCGCCUUCCCCUCACAUUCACAGCCGGCAGAACAAUCGCUCGACACCGACGUUGAAAUGGCCGACGUGGCCGGUGGCAGCAGCAACUCCACGGAGCAGGAGCUAUCGUUGCCCGCGGUAACAGUCGGCUCAGAGCCUUGGCAUAACAGUUUCCCUCAUGACUGGCUGCCUGUGAUAACUCGCGAUCUGCAGACCCAAACAGAGCAAAACCUACCACAACCACCCUACUCCGAUGCUUAUAUAUCGGGCAUGUCUGCCAAGCGUCGCAAGAUCAUCCAGAACGAGAAGUCAUCAAACGUGGAAUGCCUAAUUUCGAGCGGUGUGCAGCGUGCUCUCCAGAACUCCGGACUGGCUGGCACGAAUGGUGGAGGUGCCGGCAACGUGAAUCCCACUGUUAAUCCUGAUGUUGUGAUCAAUGCCAUUGCCCAUGAUGCUGUGGUGCAGGCGUCCUACACGGAAGCUGUGCGCAACAGUGCACGCGAGCGCCUUAAGCAGGAUAUUGAUUAUAAUCCAAGCAAAUAUCCGCAAAUCACCAAGUUCACCGAGCAAAAGUAGGCAACGAGCUUGAAUCGUGCUGUGGGCGUGGUCGUGGCCGUGAAUGAAACGUGCUUAAGUGUGCUUUAUAUAUGUAAAUCUUACUUUAAUAUUGAACUACUAUGUUUCAUAUUUAGUUAAUUGGAUAAGUUCUGAAGCCUGUGUUGGUCACACGAAGUGCGCGGCUGUGGAUACUUCAAGACACACACAUACAGAUAAACAUACACACACAUAUAUAUAGAUACAUAUAUAUGUAGAUAUAUACUAUAUAAAGCAGAUAUACAUGCAUACACACAAUCAGAUAUGAGAUACACACACACACACACACACGUAAUUAACUGCAAGAAACUACACGAAAUUAAUGGUCAAAGAUUUUAGGACAACUCUGCAUAAAAAGAAAGCUAAAUAAAAUUACAUACAUACACAAAAA